AUGGUGGUCUUUGCAUGGCUGUUCUUUCUACUACUAAAAGUCAACAAGUUUAUCAACACUUCAACAUCAAUCUUCACUCACCUGUUUCGAAAAAGAAACCCGGGUCCCAAUCUCUUGACUCAUCGUGUAUCAGGUCUUGAACGCCUUGAGCGCACGAAUCUUGCCCAUGCGACAAGCACUUUUCUUGCAGAGCUUCACGAAGCACAAUGCUUUUUCGUCGUCGCUAUCGAGAUAGCGCUGAUAAAUGCCAGUUCACGAUCAGCCAUAUUCACUGGUGCAGAUAACUGGCAGAGUCUUCUGUGGAAUCGUGACAGUGUCCAGUUCCUUGCAGGUAUGGGAGCUUGGCCCAUCAUUCUCGGACAGAUCUCCCUUCGAAGAGCUGAGCUAGACUCGAUGUACUACCUCAUCCUCUCGACACUUGCAUUGGCACUUGCUGGUGUUGCAGCAGAUACAGCUGCCAAUCCCGAUCCAGAUCGGAUAUAUAAGAUGUUUCAAGGGCAGAAUACACUUGAAGAAUGCGGCGGCCAUCCUUCACUUCGAACAUUCUGCGUGGAAGAGCGAGAGAGCAUAUACUGGUAUGUCUUUCCAGCAGGAAGUAUAUACGCGUUCCUUGGAUUACUUGCUAUUCUAUGGUGGGCCAAGCUCUGGAGCCUGUGUAACUCUCCAGCAUCGUUUGUCAAAAGACAUAAGUCUCUGUCAAUACGGCAACUUGAGGCAUGGGAAUGGUUCAAGUGGUUCGUGAUCAAAGCCUCUCUCCUUGGAAUACACAUUGCUGAAGCUGGUGCCCUUGCUUGCAUAUGCUUCGGACUAGCAGUAAUUCGUGCGCCGUUGCUGAAUCUUCUGCUGCGAGCUGGUUGCGGUGUUGAUCUGGGCGCCGGUGAUAUCUAA